AUGGCUUCUUCUGCUCGUUAUUACGCCGACCCCGCUGCUGCGGCUACUUUUGCCACUGAUCUUCUCGUCAAGGCCGGUCUGAGCCAUGAAGAUGCUAAGUCUAUGGCCGAUUGCCUCGUGCUGGCCGAUGUUCGUGGCGUAGACACGCAUGGCCUUGCCCGUCUGCCUCAAUACCUUGAGCGUGUCAGCACCGGUCGCGUGAAUGCGAAGCCACAAUUCAAGAUUACCGAAAAGACUCCUGUCGUCGCGCAUAUGGACGGAGACAAUGGAUUCGGCUUUGUUGUUGCUACCCGCGCUAUGGAGGAAGCUAUCAAGCGGGCUGAGAUCUAUGGAAUUGGUCUAGUUACUGUGAACCACUCCAAUCACUUUGGUAUGGGAGCUACCUAUGUGCUGCAGGCCUUGGAAAAAGACAUGAUCUCGUUGGUAUUCACCAACUCGGCUAAGCAGAUGCCCCCGUUUGGUGGAAAAGAGACUUUACUAGGUAUCUCACCUUUUGCUGCUGGAGCUCCUUCUGGUAAGGAGGUUCCUUAUAUUCUUGAUAUGGCCCCUUCUGUUGUUGCCAAGGGUAAGAUCCGCCGCGCUGCUCGCCGCGGGGAGUCAAUUCCUCUGGGUUGGGCAUUGGAUGCGGAAGGUAACCCUACAACUGAUCCUAAUGUGGCUCUCAAUGGCAGUAUGGCGCCGAUUGGUGGACCGAAAGGCUCUGGUAUUGCUAUUCUGAUGGAUAUCAUGUCUGGUGUACUUUCUGGCGCUGCCUUUGGUGGUGAGGUUGGUGAUCAGUACAAGGACGUGAAGCCCCAAAAUGUCGGGCACUGCUUUAUCGCUUUGAAGCAAGAUAUCUUCCUUACAGCCGACGAGUUUAAGGCUCGUAUGGACACGUUGGUGCAGCGGGUACAUAAUGUGACUCCUGCCCCUGGCUUCAAUGAGGUUCUUUUCCCUGGUGAGCCGGAACAUCGCCUCGGUGUCCAGCGCCGCAGGGAAGGUAUCCCCUACGCUGAUGCCGAGAAGCAGAUGUUCAUCGAAGCGGCCAAGCAGUAUGGUGUUUCUGAUAUCCCAUUGUCGGACAAACCCCUCUCCCUUGCAUAG